UCUCUAUUAUCUUAAUAUAACCUCGAAAUACAAAUCAAAAAUCCAAACAUUAUCCAAAUAAAUUAAAAUUUCAUUUUUUAAUAAUAGCUAAUUAUUGAACUAUACUUAGAUAAAUUGGAAAACUAGACAAUUAUGUCUCUAGAAGGAGUAUGUGCCAUAAAAUCAGAAUAUGUUAUACCUGAUUAUAAUCAAAAAAUAAAAUCUGAGAAACAGGAUGUUGAAGCAAAUGGUGCUUCCAACGAGACAGAAAACUCCGAAGAACCAGCAAAUAAAAAAGUUAAAUUAGAAACUAAAAAAAAGGCACGAGGGCAAAAUAAAGCACGUCGAAUUCCUUUUAAGAGAGAUUUAACGUUAGAAUUAUGUAAACAAUUAAUAGAUAUUGCUGAAGGUGAAGAGUCAAAAACUUGUUCUUACCCUAACUGUAAAUUUAUACAUAACGUGGAGGAUUAUUUAAAAUCAAAACCGGCUGACGUUGGAAAUAACUGUUACAAUUUUGAUGUUCGUGGCAGAUGUCCUAGAGGAUUAGCUUGUCGUUUUGGAUCAGCUCAUACUAGUAAAGACGGUAAAAAUAUUGUCAAUAAAGAUAUUUACGAAAAGUAUCUUAAUAAUGGCCCUCAAACAAUAAAUAUACUAUCGCAGGAACUACAAACUUCAUUAAGGAAACGUACUUAUGAUUUUAAGAAAGUCGAUGCAAUCGUUCAACAAAUUGAAAAGAGUGUAAAAAAUGCAAAACAAAAUGAUAGUGAAUCGGAUAAAAAUGGUACUAACGAAAACGUUGAAACAAACGAAGUUAAAACUAGUGGUACGGUUUCGGAUGAAGAUAUUAUUAAAUUACGCACAUCUGAAAAAAAGAAAAUUCAAUGGCGUGAUAAAUUAUUAUUAAGUCCAUUAACAACCGUUGGUAAUUUACCAUUCAGGCGAAUUUGUAAAGAAUAUGGUGCAGAUAUAACUUGUGGCGAAAUGGCAAUGAGUGUCUCUUUACUACAAGGCCAUGGUCAAGAAUGGGCUUUAGCAAAAAAACAUAAAAGUGAAGACAUAUUUGGUGUGCAAUUAUGUGGCAACAAACCUCAUUUAAUAGCAAAAGCAGCGCAGUUAUUACAAGAUCAUACGGAAAUUGAUUUUGUAGAUUUAAAUUUAGGAUGUCCUAUUGAUUUGGUUUAUCAACAGGGUGCAGGUUCUGGAUUAUUACGCAAAGAACGUGUUUUAGAAUCUGUGAUCAGAUCUACUAGUCAAAUAUUAGACGUGCCUUUAACAAUUAAAACACGUACAGGUAUUUAUGCUGAUAAAAAUAUUGCUCAUGAAUUGGUACCAAAAUUUCGAGAUUGGGGCGCAUCAAUGGUCACUGUCCAUGGAAGAUCUAGAGAGCAAAGAUAUACAAAAAUGGCGAACUGGGAUUAUAUAAAUAAAUGUGCGAGUUUAGCAGCACCGCUACCAGUUUUUGGAAAUGGUGAUAUUUUAUCAUAUGAGGAUUAUAAAUAUGCUCGAGAGACGUAUAAACAUGUAUCUGGUGUAACAAUUGGACGUGGCGCUUUAAUCAAACCAUGGAUAUUCACUGAAAUUAAAGAACAAAAAUUAUGGGAUAUUAGAAGUUCAGAACGAUUUGAAAUUAUUAAAAAAUAUGCUAAUUAUGGUUUAGAACAUUGGGGAUCAGAUACAAAAGGAGUGGAAAAUACUAGGAGAUUUUUGUUGGAAUGGUUAUCGUUCUUAUAUCGAUAUGUGCCAGUUGGUAUCUUAGAAAACCCCCCACAAAAAAUUAAUGAACGACCUCCAUAUUAUCGAGGACGAGACGAUCUUGAAACGUUAAUGGCAUCACCAAAUUGUGCAGAUUGGAUAAAAAUUAGUGAGAUGGUAUUGGGACCUGUACCAGAGAAUUUCAAUUUCUUACCAAAACAUAAGGCAAAUUCUUAUCAAUGAACAUUCAGCCUUGAACAAACAACAUAUUUAUUUUGAAAAAUAUUUUUGAUUUAUUUUAGUUAUUUUAUAAGUUGAACAAAUAUUGUUAUUUUAAGAAAAGAAAAUUUUAAGUUCUCCCAUAAUCUAUGAUUUU